GUCGGAGAGAGGUUUCAGUCUUUCAGGGAGAGGGAAGGCCGUUCAAAAAAGCAAAAGGGCACCACCCUAAUCAGUACUCGCACAGGGCCGGCAGAGGCAGGCGGGCACCAAAGCCGGGUUUCCUUCAGAAAAGAAGGCGCCAAAGCCAGGGAUGGAGCAAUGAUAUGCAGGGACAGCGACGGCCAUAGGCAGAGGGGCGCAGUGGCUACGUGCAGUGCAGCCCGGGCAGGGGAGGUGGCCGAGACGCGAACAAGAAGCAGAUCAUGCGGGAGAUGGUAGGGCCCCUGGAAAGCACGAGCGGUGCGGUGUGGUGAGAGCCCGAUUUAUAAACCCCUUCCCAAAUGGCUGACGAAUCGUCGUCGUAGGCGCGCGGGCGCAGCCACUUCGUUCGGUUCCAGGCCAAGAAACACACGAGCGAUGGCGGGCGGGCGAGAGGAGGGGGACGGAGAGGUGGUGCUGCGGCGGGAGGAGGAGGAGGAGGGGGAGGAGGAGGAUUACAUCGACAUGGACCUGAGCCCGGCCGCGGGGGCGCCCGCGGCGAGGGAGUUCGAGUUCAUGUCGGCCCCGCUGGACCGGUGGGGGGAGCCGCUGGCGUCGCCGGCGGACGAGCUCUUCUACAAGGGGAAGCUGCUGCCGCUGCACCUGCCCCCGCGCAUCCAGAUGGUGGAGGAGCUCCUCGACGGCCGCGCGCCGCGCGACGGGGGCAGCAGGGAGGCCCUCGGCUUCCGCACGGCCCCCGCGACGCCGUACGAGUCGUGCAACGCGUCGCCGGCCAACUCGUGCUACGUCAGCGGGGAGCUCAACGUCGAGGAGUACUUCCAGGAGUACGCGGCCGGCCUGGCGGACGCCGCGGCGGCGGCGGCGGUCGCCGGGGAGAGGAGGUCGUGGUCCAGGAAGCUCAGGUUCAUGCGGCAGCUCAACCUCGGCCUCAAGCUCAAGGCGUCCAAGGCGUACCUCAAGACGAUAUUCGCUGCCAAGCAGGGGAGCCCCGAGGACAAGAACGCUCUCGGCGCACCGAGGGGAGCCCAGGAGCUGGCCCACGGCGGCCAUGGCCAUGGCCACCUCAGGGCGUGGAGGAAGAACCCAUUCGGCCAGGUCAGAAGCAACCGCUGCAUCGCCUCGCACAGCGCCGGUGCUGGUGGUGGCAGCGGCCGCGCUACGCCCACGGCAGAGCGGCACAAGGAACUCCGCGAGCACGGCCACAGGAGGUCCUUCUCCAGCGUCAUCGUCCGGUACUCGUCGUCGAACAAGACGCCCCCCGCCCCCGCGCUGCCGUCGCCGUCGUCCUCGUGCUCCUCCUCCUCGUCGAGCUCGUCGGCGUCCUCGUCGGUCCGGACCUCCAGCGAGUCCGAAGACGGCGCCGGGCCGGCGCUGAGGAGGAGCAGCAGCGCGAGCUCGGAGGUGGAGAACCCGAUCCAGGGGCUCAUCGCCUACUGCAAGAAGUCCCAGCAGCUGGCCUCGGUCAGGAAGAGCGCCAGCGACGCCGGGUUCCGGUUCCUCUCGUCGGCGGCGUCCAAGAUCGCCGCAGAGUCCGACGGCCUUGACGAGCUGAUCGAGAUUUGCAGAGGGUGAUGGCGCCAUGAAUCCUGAUGAUUGUACAAUGAUGCAACUGCGUUCUGAAAAUUUUGUGAAAACUGAAACUUGUGCUGUUGACCACCCUGUGUCAUGAUGAUCUUGUUCAAAUGAGUGACAUAUGAAACUUUGAGCAUUGACUGUUUUCAGUGCA